UUUUGUCAAAGGUCAUUAUAUACAUCUUUCAGGAGUGAAAUUAGCUAAAUCCGUUUUCAAAUCAGAUGGUACAAAUUCCUUAAGUGUUUGUGUCUGUGUGCACACAAAGGCGGGAGCCAACCUGGACAUGUGUGACGAGGAGCAGAGGACCCCGCUGAUGGCCGCCUGUGAGAACAACCAUCUGGACACGGUGAAGUACCUGCUGAGAGCCGGAGCCGCUGUCAGCCACAAGGAUAUCAUGGGUUUCACCUGUCUGCAUCUGGCAGCUAAACUGGGACAUCAUGACAUAAUCCAUCAUCUGCUCUCCAAGGCAUCCAAAUACAUCAACUGUCAGGAUGAUGGGGGCUGGACUCCCAUCACCUGGGCCAUCGAGCACAAGCACAGGGAGCUGGUCCACCUGCUGCUGGCCAGAGGGGCCGACGUGAACAUCAGGGACAAGAUACCAAAUAAGCAUGACUCGGACAAGAUACGUCCCAGGAUAGUUUGUUUGACCCUUUACUUCAACAAAAAG